CGGGCGGCGGCGGAAGGGGCGGGCGGUAGCGCGCCGGCGCGCGCUAUGGCGGGCCGGCGUGGCGCGCUGAUUGUGCUGGAGGGGGUGGACCGCGCCGGGAAGAGCACGCAGGGCCGCCGGUUGGUAGAGGCGCUGCGGGCCGAUGGCCACUGCGCCGAUCUCCUCCGCUUCCCGGAGAGAACAACGGAGAUUGGGCAGCUGAUCAGCUCCUACCUGGUGAAGGAGAAGAACCUGGAGGACCACGCCGUUCACCUGCUCUUCUCCGCUAACCGCUGGGAACAUGUACCGUCAAUGAGAGAGAAACUACAUCAAGGGAUCACACUUGUGGUUGACAGAUACGCCUUUUCUGGAGUGGCCUUCACAAGUGCCAAAGAGAACUUCUGCCUGGACUGGUGCAAACAGCCUGACAUUGGACUCCCAAAGCCAGAUCUGAUUCUGUUUCUUCAGUUAAGCCCGGAAGAAGCAGCGGAACGAGGGAACUUUGGAAAUGAACGUUAUGAGAACAGCUCCUUCCAAGAGAAAGUUCUACAGUCCUUCUAUCAUCUGAUGAAGGAUAAGACAUUAAACUGGAAGAUAAGCUGACAAACCUGGGUAAAAAGCAGUGGGACACACCCAUGCUCUUCCCUGCCUGUUUCCUUGGCAUCCUGCAGCAUCUGCCAAGGAUUCUGGAAUUGCUCCUGCAGCUUGUAGACACAAUACUGAUGAUCACCUUCCUUCUCACAUGGCCAGUUUCCAUCAGCAUUUGCUGUCUGAAUGCUACCAGAAGCCUCUCCAAAUACAUGAUCUUUUUUUGUUCCACCCUGCUGCAUCACUUUUCCUUCUUGUUCAUCCCUUGGAGCUGUUUGCAGAGGACUGCACAGUCAGCAGCCUUAUCCCAGAAGAGGAAGCGUUCCCCAUUUACCCUGUGUGUAGAUCAUCUAGGCUGAGGUUUUCUGGUGGGGGCAUCCUUUUUACCAUCUCCAUCACCCUGUCAGUGCUCGAUCAUGAGAUAUGGGCAGCAUCUUCUGCUUAUUCUGUAGCUUUCACGCAGACAUAGGAGGACACAGGUUAUGGAUAAGUUACUAGUCACCAGAAGCUGGAGAUAUACACAGAUUUGUCAAAUGAGCAGACUGUGUAAGGUAAAAGUAAUUCUUCACAGGCUGUUUCAGGUAAACAUCAUUCUCUAACAUGAAAGAGUUUUUGUGUACUAUUAGAACCUGAAGGACCUAAAUGUACAACAAUCACCAGACUAGGACUUUUAUUCCAGUAAAUGUUAUGCUAGGAAAUUACGUUCCCUACAUCACAACAACUGGAAAAAUAAGCUGACAGAAAACAUGUACCAUAGCACAAAACCCAAAAUAAUUCAUUUAA